ACAUUGCGAAAACCACAACUCAGAGGUUGACCAGAACAGAAACCUACCACCGCAGAGGUAUCCAGUUCGACACCAUGGCCAAAGAAAAGAAUUUCAAUCCGGUUCAAGCUGCGAAGAAGGCCGAAAAGCAGAAGCAAUUAAAAAAACAGAAGGCAAACCUCCAAGCACAAAGGAACGAGAAACUUGCGCGGCGCAAUCCCGUCCGAAUCCAGCGAGACAUCGAUGCACUCAAGGCUAUCUCAGAAAGCGGAGAAAUUAGACCUCACGAAAGGCAGCGAUUAUCGGAGCUUGAAAAGGAUCUCGCGGCUGUCAACAAGGCGCGAGCGGCGCUAGGGGACAAAGCUCCCCAGUUCCGAGAGAGGAGAGAUGAUGCAGGCGAAAGGGGAGGUCGAGGUGGCCGGGGCGGAGGCAGGGGAGGUGUACUAGGAAAGAGAUCUCGCGAUGGAAGUUGGAAAGGGGGAGAUGGGGAAGAAAGUAGCGACACGGAUUCUGACGUUGGUGAUAUUCCAAUGCCUCGAGAUACACCUCCGCCGAUUCCUCGACGACACCAGCGAAAGGCAACCGGAGAAGACGAGGCCCCGCCGGAACCAAAGAAGCCAACGCUUGUUUACGAAGCUGCACCAGAGAUACGGAACCUGCGAAAGGAGGCUGCAAGAUUUGUUCCGGCUGCUGUGGCACUGAAGAUGAAACAAGCAAAGGGAGAAGGAGGCUUGUUGGAAGAGGAGGAAUUUGACAAGCUAGAGCGAGAGGGUUAUUUGAAUACAGGAAAUGGAACUGGGCCGCAGGCUCUGCAGUCCGACGCAGAACUUGACGCACUGAUCGGGUCCGCGGAUGUAGACGCUGCCAACAACAUUGCAGAGAAAGCAGCCAACGCGGCGAUUGAGGAAGCACAGCAUGAAAUGCUUGCAGCAGAAGCUGCGGGAGAGAUUACUAGUCUCGAAACGGAACACAAGGUGGCUGAACGAAAGUUGCGUCAAGUCGAGAUCGAAGAGGUAGAAGACGAGGAGUAUUGAAGGAUGCAGAGAACAACAACCAAAUAUACCCACCCAUUAUGAUACAUAACAUUUCACGUCCGAUAACUCCAUAAGUACACUGGUAAUACUGCACGCCAACAAUAUCUUGUCUGGAACCUGAUUGUUUACCAUAUGGCAUAUGCACAACCGUUCCAGGAAUCGUUACAGACCGCACGAGGGCAACAUCACAAUCCAUCGAGCAAUGCAAGGGAGUUGUAUGGUCAUUCAGGACGUCAUUUCAUUCACUAGCUAUGUAGGGUAUAAUCAUACAAGCAUCCGCCGAUCUCAUCGUGACUCAGGAAUUCCGCCUAAGAGAAGACCGAGAUGGG